UACAUUGGGAUUCCCGUUACUUGUGCCACUUGUGCCGUGGACGACACCGCGCGAGUUUCUUUACUACAUGUUUUAUUGUAUCUCAACGAUACCGGUUGUAUAUUGACUAUAAUACUGUAUCCAAAUUAUUAUUUUUCUAUAGUAUACUGUGAUAUUGAUUGAAGUGCAAAUUUCACAGGUUUAUUUACAGUGCGCACGCUAUUAGAGGACAACAUUUCAUAUUAAUAGCGAAUUCGAUAAAAAUAGGAAAUACAUGGAAACAGUUAAGGAGCAUUUCAGAGUAACCAAGAGCGACACUUCAAGAAGUAGUCAUAAGUCAGGUGGCAAGAAAAAGAGCAAAUUUCUUGCGUACCUGCUGUGGCUUUUUGGCGGCCUUUGUGGCCUGCACCAUUUCUAUUUAGGCCGUGAUAUCCAAGGUUUACUCUGGUGGUGCACAUUUGGCGGGUACUUUGGAGUUGGAUGGUUUAGAGAUUUGUUCUACAUUGGCAAGUACGUUGAUUACGCCAACGAUGACGAACACUACCGCCGAAAAAUGGCCUUCGAAAUUCGAGCUAACCCUAAGCCUCCAUUUUCAUCGUGCCGUUUUACUGGUAUGGUUAUGGUAGGAUACCUUUUUAGCACAGUCGUAUCAUUAGCUAUACCCGAAGAUAAAGUCGGAGGACUUAGUUGGGAAUGGCUACACGCAUUCACUCCAUUAGCCGCAGCCUUUGGCGUGUGGGCUGUUGGCAACAUCGGACACGAAACAGGAGCGAUAAAAUGGCCGGCUUUGUCAGCUUAUGCUAUCUGGGGACUAGGUAAUCCAUUGAGGGCAUUUGUUUUUAAGUUCACGAAUUUGGACAUUGACGAAUCGAUGUCGUUUACUAUCAUGAUUCUAGUUGCUGCUUGCGUUUUUGAUAAGGUAAAAAAAUGGCGCGUUCGAAGGAAGAAAACUGCUGGUGUUUGCAAACGUAUGCUGAUAAUAAGUGCUUGUUGUCUGCUAUACAUGUCAUUGUGGAGCAGUUAUUUGUAUUUUAACGCCAAAGUGACUGAUGAAAAUGGUGAAGAGGUACCUUUCCACGAAGCUUUAGGUCACUUCUUUAAUUCUCCCUGGUGGUUGGACGUAAAACAAUCGUUAUUGGACGUUUGGAAUUUCGCGCAAGCUCAUGGUUGGAUGGAAACGUGGCGGCAAAUUGUAACACUAUCCGACCCGUCUGGGGAACAAAAUGCCUUUAAAGUGUUGGGGUUGAUGUCGGGUGCUUCACAGACUGAAAUAAAGCAACAAUGUAAGACAUUGGCGGUGAAAUAUCAUCCGGAUAAAGCCAAAGACGAAGUAUCUAAAAAAGAAUCACAAGACAGAUUCUUCGAAGUUCAGCAAGCGUGCGAGUUGUUAUCCAAUAGUCGGGUAAAGAGACGUAGGAGAAAUAAACAGUUUAAGGAAGAGCUUUAAGUCAUUUUAGCGUAACAUUUAAACAAAAACAGUCGUGUCUGUUUGCAUAUGCAUUGAGUUAUCCAAGUUAUUCACUGCCUUAACUAUUUAUGUCAUCAAACUCUCAAAAGUUACCACUCACAGUUGAUAGUUGUUCAUUCAAAUGAGCAACACAAACUAAAUCCCAAACUACAAUUUUGAAUCAACAAAUCAUAAAAACUAUUAUAACUUGUUAUAAACAUUAAUAUUAAUCGACUACAAAAAUCAAUUACAGCUUAACAUUUGGAUAACUCUUGUACAAAACUUUUUUUUUUAUUGAUAUUGUAAUUUAAUAUUUUAUGCAAACCAUACUUUGGAUUGCAUUCUGUGAUAUAAAAUAAAAAUAGGAACUCAAUCGAUUCGCGUUUGCGGACUUUCUGACAACUGUGAAAAUCGUUUAGAUACUUCGGAACUCUAAAUAAAUACAUAUAAUAUUUAAUAUGAAAAUCAAGUUGAAAAUUGCAAAACUUUUAAGGACUGAUGUCAAAAUGAGUUUUUCAUUACUAAAAAAUAUUACCCUAGUCUAGAAAUGUAAAAUUUUAAAAAUGUCAUUCUAACUCUUUUUCCGCCUACCUUGUAUUUAUUCCAUUAUUAAUUAUUAUUAAAUUAAAAGUAUUUAGUAAAGUCAAUAAUUUAAAAGUUCCUAAAAUAAAAAAAAUAUCAAUUACAAUAUUUGAUAAUAUAAUUUAAAAUGUAUCAUUUGUUUAAGGUGUUUAAUAUCUUAUUUGCAAUAACCAGUGUGUAUUAUAAUUAUUUGUUUAUAUUUAAUUUUUGUUGUAUAUUUAUAUAAUUACCUAAAUUAAUCCUUUAUUUAUUAAUUUUAAUAACAAAUAACAGCAAAAUGCUUUGUUAAUAAUAAUAUUGUAUAUUUACAACACAAAUAAUGAUUGUUUUUAUUCGAGUAGUAAUUAAUAUGUGAUAUUGGUACAUUCAUGAAAUGUUUAUUAAUUU